ACUAUCGUAAGAGAGACCCGCUCUAAAGAAAAUGUUGUGAAAAGAAAACGCUGCUUUCCCAUGAUUUGUGGAAUUUUCCGAAGUGCUAACUGUGCGGGCGAGAUAAUGCCGAUCGAGUGAGGCCAAGACACUAAACGGGCGGAGCGACUGCGCCGCGAUCGCCCCGCGUUGGCAAUUGUGUGUGUGUAUCAUGGACAAGCUACGAAACAACAACAAGGAGAAUGCACCCAUUGAGUACCCCUACCCACAGACCCCCCGCCCCACGAACGACUCCUCCUCCUCCCCCUAUACCCCCUACACCCCGUACACCCCACUGGAAGCUGGCGAGGAUGCGGAGAGCAACAAGAGCACGCCCUACUUCACGCCCCUCGAGUUCCUGCAGACAUCCUUCGAGUUCCCCUCGCCCACAGCGGAGGGCGGUGUCCCGGGCAUUCCCGAGUCGUCGGCAGAGCAGGAGGCUCAGGAGGAGGAGGAGGCCUUCACCCCCCGGCAGUUCACCAUUGUUAGUCCCCACCAAGCGGCCCAUGUCCACCAUCCACCGAGCUCGCAGUCUCCCACUUUAAGCCGCAAGUUCAAGAGGUUCUCGCUGUACGACCGCCGAUCCUGCCCGCCGCACAUCAACAGUUCCGCUGGCGAGGAGCGGGGCGGUGGGCGUGGCAUUGACAAGGAGAACACCAUCCCCAAAGGCGGCUCUGACGAGGGCGGUCGUGACGUGGAGAACAGCAUGUACUUGUCAAGGAGCGAGCACAACUCACCCACCAUCCUGUUCAGGGAUGAAUCCUCCACGACGCCGGGUCUGGAGGCCAGUCGCCUUAGCUACUCCCCGAAACUGCUGUCCUCCAUCAACAACCUGAACGUGUCCGGUUCGCCACUGAACAUCAUCAACUCGGCUGGCUACAAGAAUGGCAACUUUUUUCGCUUCCCGGAAAUCGAUCAUGUCGUGCAGGUGGCGCCCAUGGAUACGGGCAGCUUGGAGGAGGCUCCUCGACGGGAUCGCAGUCCCGCGAUGGCCGAACCACCAGAGCAGCAGCAGCAGAAGUCGGAGGGUCGAAAGAACCGCAAGAACAAGAACAAUCUCACCAUUCGCAUCACGGACGUGCCCAUCAAGAGCUCGGGCCAGGCCUCGCCGUUGCCCAAGCCAAAGACGCCGACCAUCAAGAGCACCAAGGAGAAGGCCCGCUCGCUGGACUCGGCGGCCAAUGAGUCGGAGCUGUCGAUUGUGGUGCACAACAUAACCGAAUCUCACGGCAGCUGCGACGACAUGGAGUCGGGCCAGGCGAAGCCAUCGACGAGUGUCAUCCACCAUCACCAUCUCCAGCAGCCCGCUUCCGGAAUCCACUCGACCUCGCUCUCCCGUCUGGACAGUCACCUGAGUCUGGCCAGCCAGCGGCGCACUCCGCGCCGGAAGUCCCCUGGGAUCAACACCACUGACUGGCUGAUGUACCACCGUAAGCAGAACCCAUAUCAGGUGCCGCCGCCGCACUGCAGCACCACGGCCCAAAGCUCCCUGGACUCGGACGCCAGUCUGACCCCCAGUUUGGGCGACAGCGAGCUGAAGUCCGCCUGCAGCGUGGACGGCGGCUCCAAGUUCGGAAUGGGCGCCAGCCUGGCGCCGAGGAGCGCCCACAAGCACAAUCAGCUGCUGCACUCGUCCAGCACAAACCUGAAGACGCUGCCCGAGUGCAUCACCCUGAUGGAGUUUUCGCCCUCGGGCGGCGUUUCCAAGGAAUCGCCUUUCAAGCAAAAGUCCAUGGACCUGCCGAUGCCAGCGCUGCAGGGCAAGACUACAGUGUCCACAUCUUCGAUGAAUCUCCUCCAGCGGCGGGGAUCCAUUCACAGUUUAACGCUCAACCUGCACAACUCGUGCGGCAACCUGAUGAACAGCGGCCUGAGCCUGUCCAACUACAGCCUGGGCUCCAUACUCAACUCCAAGUCCAGCUGCAAUUUGGACGCAGGCAAUGCCAACCAGGUCAGGUCGGAGCAGCAGCCGCAGACGCACCUGCUGGCGGGCAGCCAGGGCAGUCGACAGGGGCUGUUCAGGAGGCGGGGGUCGAACCACAGCAUCACCCUGAAGACGGGUCACACCACCACCUCGUGCGGCGACCUGAACUCCAUGCACCAGCUGCAGCAGCAGGCCAUGCUGAGCGCCGAGAAGUACAGUCGCCUUAACAUGCGCACCAACUCCACGGGCUCGGGCUCGGGCUCCGGAUCCAAUGUGCCCACUCCGAAGCGAGGAUUGCUUGAGCGCCGCGGCUCCAAUCAGAGCCUCACCCUCAACAUGGGCGGCAUGCUGGUGGUGGGUGGAGCGAGUACCGAAAUCCAGGUCCAGGACUUGGGGCAGCCGAAAGUUACGGUCUGCAGCUGUGCCGCCGCCAACCAAGCCCCACAUCAGCGCAAGUUCUUCAGCACCGAGAACCUGAACAGCAGCAAGGCCAACAACCAGAAAUUCUUCGGCCAGGUGUGCUUUGGAUCCGCCUCGGACUUGCAGCCCAAUCCGCAAGUGGAGGCGGCCAGCGCGGACCAGGGCAUUGUGGCCACGUGCACCUGCGCUGGCACCGUGCGCAACAUAAUGACGCGACCUCUGUCGCCGCAGACGACCAGCGAGGAGUUCAAGAUCUACCUGGCCAGCAUACAGAUGCUUCAGAGUGCCUCCAAUCCGCUCAAUCAGUUCGAUUUGAUCCGGCUGAACCAUGUGUUUGAUCACAGCUACCAGAGCAACAGGAACAUCAUCGACCAGCCCCCAGUGUUGGGCUCCAAUGCGCGGGACUUGGACACGCCCACUGACCUUGUUCCACCGAGCUCGGAAGACAGUGAGCUGCUCGCCUGCUACCAGGCGGUGGUUAAGAGGAUCGUGCAAUCGAUUCCGGAUCUGGAGGAAGCCGAGCAAAAGCGCAUCUUUCGGGAUCUGCACAAGGAGUUCUGGGACCUGCCGCUCAACCACCAGGAGAAGCCCAUGGUCUUUGGCUCGCAGACGAAGAAUCGCUACAAGACGAUCCUGCCCAACGAGCACUCCCGCGUACUGCUCGAAACCGAGUCCAGCGAGCUGAUCAAUCUGCAAGAGGAGGUGAAGCGCACCAGCUCCGUGACCGCCAGCGAGGACAUGCCCUACAUCAAUGCCAAUUACAUCAAGGGACCCGACUACGUGUCGAAGUGCUAUGUGGCCACGCAGGGACCGCUGCCGAAUACCAUCUUUGAGUUCUGGCUGAUGAUAUACCAGAACACGCAGCGCUAUAUACGACGCUGCGUGGAUGGCGGGAGCAGCAGCAGUCCGCACAUGGACCGGGCGCAGAUCCUGCAGCAGUACUUCCAAAAGAUCGUCAUGCUCACCAACUUCACGGAGGCGAAUCGCCAGAAGUGCGCCGUCUAUUUCCCCAUCGAUCUGAACGAGAUCUUUGCGGUGGCCGCCAAGUGCGAGGUGUUUCAGCUGAGCGAGGCGGCCCGGGAGUACUUUGAUCGGCAUUUGACGCCCACCUUUGUGCCGGACACUGUGGGGGCUUCCGCUUCCUCGGAGGUGAUUGACUACGAGCUGAGUGGCCGGCACAUCGGCGUGGAGUCGGUGAAGGUGACGCUGGAUGGCGAUCUGCUGGAGGCUCUGCCCGCCCAGGGAAGCUUCUUCCUGGUCAAGAACGUGGGCAUUGUGCGACGGAACGGUUACUCGGUAAGAAAGCUGGUGGUGCUCUAUUGCAUCCGUGUGCCGCAGAGUGCUAGCUACCACCUGCAGAAGAUCUGCUGCUACCACUACUGGUAUCCGGACUGGCCGGAUCACCACUCGCCGCGGGACAUCAACACGCUGCUGGACACCUGCCUGCAUGUCCUUAACCUUGGGAAGUGCGAGUCGGAGUUCGACAACUACGAUGAGAGUAGGAGCGAGCGGAAUGCCCACCUGGCGGCUCAGCGGCUGGAGAUCUACCAGCAGGACAUUUUCAAUGCCGUCCAGCCGCUACCCGUGAUCCACUGCUCGGCUGGGAUCGGGCGCACCGGUUGCUUCACGGCCAUCCUGAAUGCAGUGCGUCAGUUGCGCCAAUCGUUGGCCUACUCGCUGACAGGAAUGCUCACCAAAUCGCUGACCAGCAGCGCGGUGGAGGAGUACCAGUGCCCCACGGACAGCGACAGCAGCUUCACCUGCAACACCAUCCGGCACAUCAGGCAUAUUUUGGAUCACCUGGUGGCGGAGGCGGAGGUGGAGGCGGAGUCGGUUGAAACGCCCCCAUCCUUCGAUCGCCUGCCCAAGAUGCCGGACAUUUUCGUGGACGUGCUGGGCAUCGUGUGCAAUCUCCGCCUGCAGCGGGGCGGAAUGGUCCAGAACUCGGAGCAGUACGAGCUGAUUCAUCGCGCUAUUUGCCUAUAUCUGAAGCGCACAUUGGCUUUGAGGCGAUUUUAAGGAGAUCAACAACUUUUUGACGACGAAAGGAAGGAGAUUAAGAACAAAACACCAAUUUACUAUUUGUAAUCACAGUUUUUGUGACCAUUAUUUUAAUGAAAGCAACCACAACGGACAAGCAACAAGUAAAACAAGAAACCAUGGCUAAAUGAGUCUCGAAGCAGUUAAAUAAGAUGGCAUUCUCCGAAGGGGAUUGACGAGAUGAUGCUCUCGAUGUUUGCUAAAUAUUACUAUUACUACAUAUUCUAUAUAUAUAUAUAAAUGUUUAUUAAGUGUUGGAUGUAUGUGUGUUAAAUGUGUACAUAAGUGUAAAUGUUUCCGACUUUUGGUGUGAACUAUGCUUAAACUAAAGUUAAUUAACAAUUAUUAUACCCUACCCUACCUAACCUUACCAAAACAAUACCUUACCAUAAUGAAGCGCAACUUUACAGAGCUCGCGACGUUCGGCCACGUCCCUCGAUGAGUUGGCCAUCCUGUUUGGGGGCGGAGAAAGCUCAAACCUUUUUCAAGUUGGGCCCUUCCAAGGGUCCUUCUGACUAAAACACCAAUUUCCCCGACCCCAAACUGCCAGCUCGAUCGCCGGGCGCUGGCCAAAUUACGGACAAGAGUUCAUUAAAAACACAAGAGAAAAACUCGAAAAGAAAAUUGAAAACCCAUAAAUGAACUUGUAUUAACGUUUAUGCAAUGGAACUAGUCAAAUAAAACUUAGAAACAUUUUAAAUGUAACUUUAAAUGUGUAAAA